ACCUGCAUCAAAAAAGGCACUGAAAUAGUUGUGAGCCACGAGAAAAUCAUUCAUUAAAACAAGCAAUUUACCUGCCACUAUUUAAAAUGGCGGAAGUAAACAAAUUUGCCUCACUCGGCAGUACUCAGCAUGACCCGAGUUUGACAACUAGCGGCUUCGGCGCUUCUAUACCUCCCUUGUUGCAGAUCUGUCCUCUGCUCAAUCACCUUUGUUCCCUGUUUAUGUAGACUCGGGGUCGGGCACUCAGGCAUUUUGGGUGGGUAUGUCUCGAUCACAAGUCACAAGAUACAUGAACAAGGUAAUACAGCAAAUUGAACGGAGAGUUGAUCAUGUAUUUUAUGUGAAAGUUAGGUAUCUUUUGCUGUGAUAUUUCAAUUAGCAAGGCUGUCUGUCAAAAACAACAAUGUCUGGUAAUAGUGGUGUGAAAAUUCAUGAUUGGCCUAGCAGAAACUCGCUGUCCGAUGGUAAAACUGUAACUAGGGAGAGUCCUGUAGAAGACGAUUGUCUUGUAACAGAAACGACACCAUUCAUUGGCGGUGAAGACGUUGCGAAUUCGCAGAAUGAAAAUUCUAUUUCCUGUUUGAUGGUGGCUCUAACAAUUUUCGCAGCUCUUGGAGGAUUUUUAUUUGGUUAUGACACAGGCGUCAUAUCAGGGGCAUUGCUUCCUCUAACAAGGCAGUUUAACUUAGACGACCUCUGGAAAGAGCUUAUAGUGAGUGCCACUGUUGGUGCUGCAAUAUUUGGUGCAGUUAGUGGUGGCUGGUUCAAUGACAAAUUUGGUAGAAAGUUGGUAUUAAUAGGCAGUUCACUUGUUUUUGGUAUUGGUGCAGCAGUCAUGGCCGCAGCUCCUGGGAAGGAGACACUGCUCAUUGGCAGAAUCAUUGUUGGGGUAGCAAUAGGCUAUGCUUCAACAACUGUUCCAAUGUAUGUUGCAGAAACUGCACCUGCAGCUAUAAGAGGAAAACUAAUAACUGUUUAUCAAUUGUUUAUAACAUUUGGGCAGUUCGUGGCAUCAGUUGUUGAUGGUCUGUUUGCCAGUGAUAAAGUACAUGGUUGGAGGUACAUGCUUGGCAUCGGAGGUAUUCCUGCAAUUGUUAUGAUGUUGGGAAUGCUUUUUAUGCCAGAAAGCCCAAGGUAUCUUGUAAACAAAGGAAAAGUAUUGCAAGCAGAAAGAGUGUUAUCCAGGCUUCGUGGAAUCAAGGGAGUAAAAGAAGAAUUGAAUAGAAUAAUAUUAUCAUGCCAGAAAGACGAAUCACACGCGAGUGACAACAUAUUCUCAAGCUUCAAAAGAGCAAUGACAACCUCGUACACGCGAAGGGCCAUCGUCGUAGGCUGUGGAUUGCAGGCAUUUCAACAGUUAUGCGGAAUAAAUACAGUGAUGUAUUACAGUGCUACUAUCUUGUCGCUUGCUGGUAUGGGCGAGAAGGACGCAAUAUGGCUUGCAGCAGUGGUCGCUUGCGGUAAUUUUGUCUUCUCCUUUAUUGCUCUUUUUCUUAUUGAAAAGGCUGGUCGGCUCAAAUUAACCCUAGUAAGCCUUUUCGGUGUUAUAGUUGCAUUGUGCUUGCUCGCUGCCACUUUUGUACUUUUGAAGGAUGAGUCGCCUAAAACUGCGAUACGGCACUUUGGCGAUCAAUGUGGUCAGCUUCAAAGCUGUUAUGAUUGUCUAAUAGACGAAUCGUGCGGAUUUUGUUACUUUGACGCUGGCAAUCGCAAGUACCUGAACAGCUCCUGCAUCAAAUUCGAUAAAAUGGGCUCCAGGCCCUCUCUUUGUAAUUCAACAGCCUUGCAUUGGAAUAAAACGUCAUGCCCCACAUCAUAUGCCUGGCUAGCAGUCUUGUCCAUGAUACUCUAUUUGGCUGCAUUUGCACCUGGUAUGGGGCCAAUGCCGUGGGCAAUUAAUGCCGAGAUAUACCCAUUGUGGGCCAGGAGUAUUGGCACUUCAUCUUCAACAGCAACAAACUGGUUUUUUAAUCUCCUUGUUUCAAUCACAUUUUUGCAUGUCAUACAACUGCUGUCCAGGCCUGGCGCUUUUGUAUUCUACGCGUGUUUGGCCGCCGUUGGCUGGGUUUUCAUAUUCUUGCUGUUACCAGAAACGAAAGGCAAGUCAUUAGAAGACAUUGAAGAUUUGUUUAAAGAGAACGUUAUUGUACGUUGUCGCAAGAAGCCAACAGAGAAUUGAUAUAUUUGUAGGGUACCUAAACACUAAUCCGAUUCGGUUUCUAAUUCAUUUAUAUACUAACUUGGUCAGCCACAUCAUAGCUUAAAAGCUAUGACAAGCUCGAUAUUACCCACUUUCCCAUUAUUUGUUACUUGUUAUUUUAAAAGCUAUCCUGUAUGUCAUUAUCCACUCCUAGACUUUGCAGAGCGUCUAUUCAAGGCAUUCUCAUGCUACAAUAUUAGUAGUUAUUUUUUUCGUCAUCUAAUUGAAUACCUCUUACAUCUAAUUGAAUACAUCUAAUUGAAUACAUCUGAUAUUAAUUUCAAUUACUAUUGUAAGCAAUUACUAUUGUUUAAUUUGCAAGCAUUCACUAUAAAUAUGUCAUUUCAGUCUGAGGUUUUUGGCACAAAUGAAUACUCCUUCAUCGAUUUAAUUUUUAAUGCAUCGAUUGAGCAUCAGGAUUGUAGUAUUAAAAUCUUGAUUAAAUUUCUAGUUAAUUUUGUUUUGUUUUUAAAAGGAGGAGUAUUCUUGCCAACAAAGUAAAAUUCUUGAUAAAAGGGUUCUCUUUUGGAAUCCAUUUACCAGCUUUUUUAAAUAAUUUAAACGAUUUUAGCAAAGGAUGCUUAGAUACUUUUGCUGAGUAAGGAGCCGGCAAUCCAUUUUACUAUUGGUAUCUCACUGCUUAUUUUUAAACUACGGGCUAUUUUUAAAAUAGUUCUUAGUAUUUUUUCUAAUAAUAAUGGCCUUUAAAGGUGCAUUUCCAGUGUGUCCAUAUAGGUCGCAAUUGCACGCACGCUGGUAGAAAUUGCUGAUGAAAUGCUGACGUGAACCAGGCCGUUCUCUGAUUUAAUUGGUUCAGACCAAGCCUUUUGAAUGUUUAUUGGUUUAGAUCUAGUUACAUCCCCCCCCCAGCUACAUGCAACUUGUAUGGACACACUUUCUUACAGUAAUAAUCUCAAAUGUUUUAAGUAAUUAAAUAUUCACAAUUUAGUCAAUUGUUUGUAAUAUGCAUUGAUGUUUCUAAUAGGACAUAUUUUUAUUAAUCUGUAAUUUACCAAA